AUGGCCACGGCUGGAGAGCAGCCGGCACACCUGUUCUCGGAGGUGUUUUUCUGCCAGAAGGACUACCCGCUUUAUGGCCUGGCCCAGACCCUGGACGACGCCCUGGUCCUCUCCUUCGACUUUACGGCCUCCAGCUGGAGCCCCCGCCUGCCGGCCUUCCCCACGGAGGGGCUGCUCUCCAUGGCCCAGAUCGAGGCCAGGAAGAGAGUCUGUGACGCGGUCCUGUCUGCCCUCACCCGCUUUUCCGACACGUACAUUCAGAUCCAGUUCCCCGAGGCCACAGGAAUCCCUGAAGUGGAGAUCUUCACCCUGCAGCCCCUGGUGCUGGGCCAGCCCAACGUCCUGGUCUGCUCCGUCAGGAACAUCUUCCCUCCUGUGGCCAGAAUCAGGUGGGCCCACCGGGACCAGGAGCUGACCCAGGGCGUCUUCUCCACCCAGACCUACCCCGUCCAAGUGCUGGAUUUCCAGAUUUUCUCCUACCUGGAGGUGACCCCCCAGGCAGACGACAUCUACAGCUGCACCGUGAAGGGCCUGGGGGGCAAAUUCGACAGCAAGGCCUUCUGGGUCCCCAAAGACCCCAUCGCUUCCAAGCUCCUGGAGAACGUCCUCUGCGGCCUGGCAGUGGCGGUGGGAGGGGUCUUCUUCAUCCUGGGGGUGGUCCUCCUGGCCCUCUCCUUCAGGGCCAGGCACGCAGACUGAAGGUGGCCCCAUUAAGAAGACCCUCCUUUCUCCAUUUCCCCCCCCAUCCAUGGAUCGGCAGGACCCGGAGGCCUAGCUGGGAAGAAGACCCCCCCCCUGGAUGUCAGCGUUCCCCCCUCCUCAAACUGAGCAGGGAAA